CUUUCACUAUUCCGGUUCAUCAACGCAGAGCUAACCAGGGGAUACUUCCUUGAACAUAAUGAAGCAAAGUACACAGAACGGAGAGAAAGGGUAUACACAUGCAUGCGAAUACCUAGAGAACUGGAAAAGUUGAUGAUUUUUGGAAUCUUUUUGUGCCUGGAUGCUUUUCUCUACGUGUUCACUCUCCUUCCAUUAAGAGUUUUUCUGGCAAUGUUCAGGUUCAUCACAUUGCCUUGCUAUGGCCUACGUGACCGGCGUUUGCUGCAGCCUGCUCAGGUGUGUGAUAUUUUCAAAGGCGUCAUAUUGGUGAUCUGCUACUUCAUGAUGCACUAUGUUGACUAUUCCAUGAUGUACCACCUGAUAAGGGGACAGUCUGUCAUCAAACUCUACAUCAUUUAUAAUAUGCUUGAGGUAGCUGAUCGUCUUUUUUCAUCUUUCGGGCAAGAUAUCCUGGAUGCUCUUUAUUGGACAGCUACAGAACCAAAGGAGAGGAAAAGAGCACACAUAGGUGUGAUCCCCCACUUUUUCAUGGCCGUGCUGUAUGUCUUCUUGCAUGCUAUUCUUAUAAUGGUCCAGGCAACUACGCUCAAUGUAGCUUUCAACUCCCACAAUAAAUCACUUCUUACUAUCAUGAUGUCGAACAACUUUGUUGAAAUAAAAGGAAGUGUUUUCAAGAAGUUUGAGAAGAACAAUUUGUUUCAGAUGUCAAACAGCGAUAUCAAGGAGCGAUUUACCAACUAUGUACUGUUACUGAUAGUUUGUCUAAGAAACAUGGAGCAGUUUUCGUGGAAUCCAGACCAUCUAUGGGUAUUAUUUCCAGAUGUUUGUAUGGUGAUUGCAUCGGAAAUUGCGGUGGACAUUGUGAAACAUGCCUUUAUAACGAAAUUCAAUGACAUUACAGCUGAUGUCUACAGUGAAUACAGAGCUAGCCUUGCAUUUGAUCUUGUUAGCAGUCGACAAAAAAAUGCAUACACAGAUUACAGUGAUUCUGUUUCCAGGAGAAUGGGCUUUAUUCCUCUCCCAUUGGCUGUUUUACUCAUCAGGGUGGUUACCAGUUCAGUAAAAGUACAAGGUGUAUUGGCUUGUGCCUGUGUUGUCCUCUUCUACUGUGGGUUAAUCUCGCUCAAAGUCCUUAACAGCAUUGUGCUGUUGGGAAAGUCAUGCCAGUAUGUCAAAGAAGCAAACAUGGAGGAGAAGUUGUUCAACCCCCCUCCUGCCGGCACCCCCGGCAAACCUCUUGGUAAACAGCAAAGCAAGUACAAGUCCACUCAAGAUGAAAACAUGUCUGCAUCAGUGACCAGUCAGCCCGUGCACCAGAAGGAAAACACUGCACCACAGCUUGUGACAAGCAGCUCUGAUCAGUUCCUGACAACUCCUGAUGAGGAUGAAAAAGAUAUUUCCCUGGACAAUUCAGAGAUAAAAUACAGAUCUGCAAAGAAAGAUUUGUUGGAGAUAGACAGGUUCACAAUUUGUGGAAACAGAAUUGACUGAACAUUUGUAAAUAAAUGUGCUGAGGAUACUGAGCUGUUGGAACAGCAAAUGCUACCAGGAUAGAGGGACACUUGCCAAAUAGGCACUUAAAAUAUUUAUUUAAAAAUUAAGUUAUUAAUGGCAACCCUAUUGUGAUGAAUAACUUGGCUUCAGGACUGGUCAGGUUU